CCACAACGCGGUCGGUCGGACCUCACGGACGCGUUUAUACUUUUGUGGUACAUUAAAUACAUUUUACAUCCACUGUCUUGCUGGCCUCUGUUGCUUCGCAUAGAUUAGACGACGGGUGUUUGUUUUCUGAGCAGGUGAACAAUGACUUCCACCAGCACCCAAUUGCAGGAUGGAGCUUCUCUCCCUCCUGGGUCUAGAUUCCGGAAAUACGACGUCUUCUUGAGCUUCAGAGGCGAAGACACCCGCAACGGCUUUGUUGAUCAUCUCUAUUCGGCUCUGCAUCAGAAGGUCAUUUUCACGUUCAAGGAUGACCUGAAGCUUGAGAGAGGUGAAUCGAUUUCUCCGGCGCUCCUGAAAGCCAUCGAAGAGUCCAAGUUUGCCGUGGUUGUUUUCUCCAAGAACUACGCUUCUUCCAAGUGGUGCUUGGAGGAACUCGUUAAGAUCCUCGAGUGCCAGAAGACGAGGGGACUCACCAUUUUGCCCGUGUUUUAUAAAGUAGAUCCCUCGGAUUUACGGAAACAAAGAGGGAGCGUUGGAGAAGCAUUCGCCAAACACGAGGGAGAUUCCAGCGAUGAGAAGGAGAAGCAAAAGGUGCAGAGAUGGAGGAAUGUUCUAAUCGAAGCGGCCAACAUUUCUGGGUGGGAUUCAAAAACACACGGGCCUGAAGCAAAGCUUGUCCAAAACAUUGCCAUUCAUAUUUUAAAUAGACUGGGAGAUAAUGGUUCAAGCGUUCUUGAAGAUGUUGUUGGAUUGUAUCCUCGUAUAGCAAAAGUGAUGUCACUAUUAGAAAUAGGAUUGGAUUUGGAUGAUCCACGUAUAGUAGGGAUAUGUGGAAUGGGUGGUAUUGGAAAGACUACCAUUGCUAAGGCUGUCUAUCACCAAAUUUGUUCUCGGUUUGAUGCUAGUUGCUACCUUCCAAAUGUCAGAGAAGCUGCUGAUGGGAAGCAUGGCUUGGAGUCAUUGCAAAGAUCUCUUCUUUUUGAUAUCUUCUCGGUCUCAGACAGUGAUAUAAAAAUAAGAAAUCUUGAUCAAGGGCGUAGUAUGAUAAUGAACAGGGUACGGUGUAUGAGGGUUCUUGUAGUCCUUGACGAUGUGGACCAGCUAGAUCAACUGGAAGCACUUUUUGGUAAGCUUGAUUGGUUUGGUUCGGGUAGCCGGAUUAUAAUAACAACAAGAAACUCUCAUUUACUUAAAAUACUUGAAGUGAAUUAUGUGUAUAAUGUCGAGCAACUAAAUCACGAAGAAGCUUUAGAGCUAUUUUGUUGUAAAGCAUUUAGAAAAAACCAACAAACACAGGGUUAUAAGGGACUCACAGACAUUGUAGUUUAUUACGCUGGAGGAGUCCCAUUAGCUCUCCGAGUUUUGGGCUCUUUUCUCUUUGGCAGAAGCAUAAUUGAAUGGCAAAGUGCAGUUGAUAGAUUAAGGCAACGACCCAAUGCAAAAAUUCAGGAAGUGCUCAAAUUAAGCUAUGAUGGAUUGGACCAUGAAGAGAAGGAAAUUUUUCUUGACAUUGCGUGCUUCUUUAAAUGGAAGAGCAAAGACUAUGCAAUGGAUAUACUGGAUGCUUGUGGUUUCCACGCUGAUAUUGGAAUAAGGGUUCUUGAAGACAAGGCACUUGUAACAAUAACAAACAAUAAGAUAAAUAUGCAUGAUCUGAUACAAGAAAUGGGACGACAUAUUGUUAAUGAAGAAUCCCCAAAAGAGCCCGGUAGAAGAAGCAGGUUGUGGAAGGACAAAGACAUCUACCAUACACUCGCAAAAAAAACUGGGACAGAAGCAGUGGAGAUCAUAGAUUUGGAUUCUCAUGAAACAAAAGAGAUAUCCUUGAGUCCUGAUACGUUUUCAAAGAUGAGCAAAUUGCGACUGCUCAAGCUUAGUAAUGUUCAGCUUCCUAAUGGUCUUAACUACCUUUCCAAUGAUUUAAGCCUUCUUGAUUGGCAUGGAUACCCUUUAAAAUACCUGCCAUCAAAUUUUUUACCGAACAACCUUAUCAAACUAAAAAUGUCGAGUAGCUGCCUGAAACAAGCUUGGAAUGGAAGAAUGUACCUAGACAAGUUGAAAUACGUUGACCUCAGUUAUUCAUCAUGCAUAACCAAGAAGCUAGAUUUUACACAGGUAACAAAUCUUAAGGAAUUGAGUCUUGAAGGUUGUACGAACUUGGUCGAGAUCGACCCAUCCAUUAAAGCCAUCAAAAGGAUUAUGUUAUUAAAUUUGAGGGGCUGCAAAUAUCUUAAGGUUCUUCCUACGGGCUGUUGGCUUAAAUCCCUUAAACAACUUGAUCUUUCUGGUUGCUCAAAACUCAAAAAUGUUUUUGAAGUCUUAGUGUUUACGGAAUGCUUAAUUAAGCUUGAUUUGGAUGGAACUUGUGUAAAGGAACUGCCAGUUGAACAUCUCAGCAAUCUUCAAUAUAUUAGCCUGCGGGAUUGCAAAAAACUUACAAGUCUUCCAAGUGGCAUUUGUGGGUUGAAGUUUCUUAGACAUUUGAUUGUUUCUGGCUGCUCAAAACUUAGCAAAUUGCCUGAGAACCUAGGAGGAUUGUUGAGACUGCAGGAACUUCGUGCCGAUUUUACUGCUAUUAAGCAACUACCAUCCUCGAUUGUACACCUGAAGGAACUUAUAUAUUUGUCAUUUAGGAGAUGCAAGGGAGGAGUAACAUCAACACCAUGGAAUUCACUGUUCUCGUCAUUUCUAAUUCCUAAAGAAAGUCAAGAUCCCAUGGGUUUUGAGCUACCUCCUCUAUCAAGCUUACGCUCUUUGUUUAUACUAGAUCUCCGUAACUGCAACCUCUUAGAAGGAUUUCUCCCAGAUGACUUAGGCUCCUUAUCCUGCUUGAAAUAUUUAUACCUUAGUGGUACCAACAUUACUAGUUUACCAACAAGCAUCAGUAAUCUUCAGCGUCUUUAUGUUCUUCACUUGAUGGAUUGCAAGAAGCUUAAAACGUUGCCCUAUCUCCCGACAAAUAUCUAUUUCAUUAAUGCAAGUGGAUGCACGUCAUUAGAAACAAUGCAAGGUCUACGUAUACACAAUAACCGGGAUAUGCAGUAUAUGGACAUCAUUUUAACUAAUUGCCAUCCACUAGCAAAGAAUCAGCCCAGCCUUCACGUUGAACUUAUCAGAAAUCAUCUUAAGCUGCAGAACAUCGCUCAUUGCCCGUACCGCACUAUUGUUUUUCCAGGAAGAGAGAUUCCAAAGUAUUUCAGCAAUCAAAAUAAUAUGGGAAAUUAUGUUCGAAUCCAGCUGAUGCCAUAUUGGUAUCAAAGGCUCAGGGCUUUUGUUGUAUGUGCUGUUUUUGAAUCAAAGGCUCCAAGUGAUGCCCUCGUCUAUGUGGAAUGUUAUUGGAUACGCAAUGAUGUUGUAGUCUCUACCGAGUUGUUCUGGGUGAGCUGGUUCCAUUUUGAGUCGGAUCACUUUUUUCUGCGCUCCUUGAAAUUUUGGAAGAAGGAGUACUGUGAUUUGGAAACUUGGACUGAUGUAUUAUUUUAUUUUGCAAGUACUCGUCCUGAAAUGCUUGUCCCAGUAAAAUGCGCUGCUGAAUUUGAAUACGAGACUGACGAAGAAUGGGAAGAUCCAUGUGCAAGUAUCCAACAAAGUGACUGUGAUGAGUUUGAGUCAAUUGAAUGGAUGCAAGAUGUUGUAUCAAAAAAGAGAAGUUGGCAUGACUAUGACUGCAACAAGGCAAACAUUGGAGAACAACUGAACUUCAAGAGACCGAGACAUGCUGUCGCCCAAUGGAGGGAUUCUGAGUCUGAGUUGUCAGAAAUUUAUAUUCAAAAUAUACGAAAUUCAGUAGAGUUGCGCACCCCAACUUUCGGAGAAGUCGAUUGUACUUCAUUUAUAUUUGAUGUCGAUCUCAAAUGGACUGAUGGGCGGCUGAAUGGGCAUACUGUAAGUAUAUGGGGUUGACUUUUUUCUUCUUUCCUUUCGAGCCAAAUGAGAUAAUUGUGCCAAAUAAAUAAACAAAUGGAUCAAAAUCACAAUUACUUUAAUGGUGAAUUUGUAAGAGACAUACUUACUCUAUUUGAGGCAGAAGAUUUGAAUUUGACUUGGUCUCUAGCCAAGUGUGAA